AUGAACGGCUACGGCUCCCCCUACCUGUACAUGGGCGGCCCCGUGUCGCAGCCGCCGCGGGCGCCCCUGCAGCGCACGCCCAAGUGCGCGCGCUGCCGGAACCACGGGGUGCUGUCCUGGCUCAAGGGCCACAAGCGCUACUGUCGCUUCAAGGACUGCACCUGCGAGAAGUGCAUCCUCAUCAUCGAGCGGCAGCGGGUCAUGGCGGCGCAGGUGGCGCUGCGGCGGCAGCAGGCCAACGAGAGCCUGGAGAGCCUCAUCCCGGACUCGCUGCGCGCUCUGCCGGGGCCCACGCCGCCCGGGGACGCCGCCGCCGCCGUCCCGGCCGCGGCCUCGCAGCCGUCGCCAGCCUCCCAGCCCGGGUCCCAGCCGCCGGCGCCGCCUCGUCCCGCCGCCGAGUUGGCUGCAGCCGCCGCGCUGCGCUGGGCCGCCGAGCCCCAACCCGGGACGCUGCCGGCGCAGCUCGCCAAGCCAGACCUGACUGAAGAGCGACUCGGGGACAGCAGUUCAGUUGACAACGCCGCGGAGGCCUUCAGUGACAAAGACGCCGACCAGGGGAGCUCCCCAGAGGUUGUCAAAAGCAAGAACUGCUUCACUCCGGAGAGCCCCGAGAUCGUGUCUGUGGAUGAAGGCGGUUACGGCGUGCAGAAAAACGGGGGCAACCCCGAGAGCUGCCCCGACAGCCCCAAGUACCACGCCGAGCAGAGCCACCUCCUGAUCGAGGGCCCGUCGGGGACCGUCUCUCUGCCCUUCAGCUUGAAAGCCAACCGGCCCCCCCUGGAGGUGCUGAAGAAGAUCUUCCCCAACCAGAAGCCCACGGUCCUGGAGCUCAUCCUGAAAGGCUGCGGGGGCGACCUGGUCAGCGCCGUGGAGGUCCUGCUGUCCAGCCGCUCCUCGGCCGCUGGGGCGGAGCGGACGGCCGAAGAGAGCCUGGUGCUGCCCUCCAGCGGCCACAUCUUUGAACACACGCUGGGCUCCUACCCCAUCUCUUCCUCCAAGUGGUCGGUGGGCUCCGCCUUCCGGGUCCCUGACACCUUGCGCUUUUCCGCGGACUCUAGCAACGUGGUCCCCAACCCCCUGGCCGUGCCCCUGCAGCACCCUUUCCCCCAGCCACCCCGGUAUCCGCUGAUGCUGAGGAAUACUUUGGCCAGAAACCAGUCGAGUCCCUUUUUGCCCAACGAUGUCACCCUCUGGAACACCAUGACGCUGCAGCAGCAGUACCAGCUGAGGUCCCAGUACGUCAGUCCAUUUCCCAGUAACUCCACUAGCGUCUUCCGGAGCUCGCCUGUGCUCUCCUCCCGCACCACAGAGGACCCUCGGAUCUCCAUCCCCGACGAUGGGUGUCCAAUCGUGACAAAGCAGGCCAUCUACACAGAGGAUGACUAUGACGAGAGAUCCGACUCCUCAGACUCUAGAAUACUCAACACGUCAUCCUAAAGU